CAAGUUUCAUCAGUUUGUGGGGACUGAAGAAGAAAAAGAUUCCUCUCUCUCUGUCUCUCUCUUUUCUCUCACUCUUCAUUUGCGCGGUUUACAGACAUUUACAGAGAGGCAAGCUCUGAACCAGGCCUCCAUUUCCAGCACAAAACAAACCCACAAACCUCCGCAUUUCCAUUUCUCUUCCGAUUACAACCAAAACCCAUCUCCCAAAUCCCAUGAUUUGACGCAUUCAACACCGACCCAGAUGGGUUUUCACUCCAAACCCUCAUUCUUCUUCUUAUUCUUCCUCGUUUCCCUCUCUUCUUUGGUCCAAUCUGGCCCCGAUUACACCACAUUGAUCUACAAGGGCUGCGCCAAGCAAGGAUUCUCAGAUCCGAACGGCGUUUACUCCCAAGCCCUCGCCGCCCUCUUCGGCUCUCUCGUUUCCCAAUCCGCCAAAGGCUCCAGGUUCUUCAAAACCACCGCCGGCACCGCCCAAUCCGCCAUCACCGGACUCUUCCAGUGCCGUGGGGACCUCACCAGCUCCGAUUGCUACAACUGCGUCAGCAAACUCCCCGAAUUGGCCGAUAGUCUCUGCGGCAAAACCAUCGCCGCCAGAGUCCAGCUCUCCGGCUGCUAUUUGCUCUACGAGUUUCCUGGGUUUGCCCAGAUUUCAGGGUUCGAAAUGCUGUUCAAAACUUGUGGGGCAACGAAUAUUGCCGGAAGUGGGUUUGAGGAGAGGAGGGACACGGGGCUAUCCGUGUUGGAGAAUGGAGUGGUGAGUGGCCAUGGAUUCUACACCACUAACUAUCAAUCUCUGUAUGUUUUGGGGCAAUGCGAGGGAGAUUUGGGGGAUUCUGAUUGUGGUGAGUGUGUGAAGCAUGCUGUUCAGAGAGCUCAGGUUGAAUGUGGGAGCUCAAUUUCAGGGCAACUUUAUUUGCACAAAUGCUUCAUCAGUUACAGUUACUACCCAAAUGGGGUUCCGAGGAGAUCUUCCUCUCCUUCAUCUUCCUCAUCAAUUUCCUCAUCUCCAUCAGGAAUGGGGCAAAACACAGGGAAAACAGUGGCCGUGAUAUUAGGAGGGGCAGCAGGAGUGGGAUUUCUGGUCAUCUGCUUGCUUUUCAUCAGAGGUUUGAAGAAGAAACAUGACGAUUUUUGAUACAGAGGGAAAGUUCUUUAGAGGUAAAAGAAAAACUAUCCAAAUUGCUUUAAUCUCCUUUUACUUUGUUUUAUAAAAGAGGAUGGGAUUCUUUUUGGGUUGACAAAGACUGUUCUUGCCACUGGGUUCAGAAAUUUUGUUGAGAAGAGAAGAAGGAAUCAGUGCAUGGAAGGAAGGGAAGAGAAAGAUAUUCUUCACAAAAGUGAAAGAUACAAAAAAGAAAAGAGAAAAAAAAAAAAAAUCAAAACUUAAGGAGAAGAGGAGAAUGUGGGGAUGAAUGUUUUUUUUUUGUUUUUUUUUGGGGUGUAGAAAUGAAGGAAAUGAUGGACCUUUGAGUUUAAUUUAUUUUUUUAGAAAAUAUAAUUUAAUUAUUGCUUUCUUUA